CUCUCUCUCUCUCUCUAUAGUUUAAAAUAUAAUUUGAGGGGUGUGAGAUUGACAGGCAGAUCCCACCGAAAUAAAUUAAAUAAAUUCACCACGCUCUCUAUCUUGAUAAAAACCCACAGAAUUCACCCAACAUAUGUGAUAUAUAUUUUAUUUAUUAAUUUUUAUUUUUAUUUGAGCUGGUAAUUGGAGGGGAGCUAGCAGCUAGCUGGAAAACGAAGACUCCUUUUACAUGAUGCUUGGGGUUUCAGGCCUCAUCGCCACCUCCGCCGCGGACAACCACGAGAGCGGCGGAGCUAGUGGCGGCAGCAGCGAGGUUGGAGCGUCGAGCUCCGCCCUAGCAGGCGGCGUGGAUGAGAGUGAAAGAGUUGGGCAGGGCGGCGGCGGAAACCGGUGGCCGAGGCAGGAGACUUUGGCCUUACUCAAAAUUCGGUCUGAUAUGGAUGUUACCUUUCGAGAUGCAAGCCUUAAAGGCCCAUUAUGGGAAGAAGUUUCCAGGAAACUGGCGGAGCUUGGGUUUCAACGAAGCGCUAAAAAAUGCAAGGAGAAAUUCGAGAACGUCUUCAAAUACCAUAAAAGAACUAAAGAUGGCCGCGCAUCCAAACAAGACGCAAAGGCGUAUCGAUUCUUCGAUCAAUUAGAGGCUCUCGAAAACACCUCUCCCAAUAACCACCAUUUCAGCCCACCUCCGCCGCCGCGCCUCCAGCCCCCUCCCUCCGUCGCCAUGGUCAGUACCGCCGCCACACCAAUGCCGUCUCAUGUCACUGUUCCAUCGGCGAGUCCGACACCGUUGAGCGUAGUGCCUCCCAAAAAUAUAGCCACCGUGCAUCCAAUAACUUCCUCCCCAUUUCAACAAUCUCAUCAACCUCAACCUCAACCUCAACAGCAGCUGCCUCCUUACCCGCAUCCGCUGUCGAAUUCCACGUCGUCGUCGACAUCCUCGGACGAGGACAUUCAGCGGCGGCGCGGGCGGAAGAGGAAGUGGAAGGAGUACUUCGAGAAGCUGAUGACGGACGUGGUGCAGAAGCAGGAGGAGCUGCAGAAGAAGUUUCUAGAAGCUCUAGAGAGACGAGAGCGCGAUCGCAUCACUCGCGAGGAGGCAUGGCGAGUGCAGGAAACGGCGAGGAUGAAUAGAGAGCACGAUAUCCUAGUCCAGGAGAGAUCCCUCGCCGCCGCCAAAGACUCCGCCGUUAUCUCCUUCCUGCAGAAAGUCACCGGCCAAACCAAUCUACAGAUCCCAACCACAAACAACAUUAUCGCACCGCCACAGCCGUCAAUGCCGCCGCCGCCGCAACAAACGAGUCUCCCUCCGCCACCGGAGCUCCAAUCAACACCAACAAAAACGUUAGACAUCACGCCGCAUAGAGAUAACGGCGGCGGCGGUGAUGAUCAUAUAUCACCAAGCUCGUCGCGUUGGCCGAAGGCGGAGGUGGAAGCGCUGAUUAAACUUCGGAAGGAUCUAGAAGUGAAGUACCAAGAGAACGGGCCGAAGGGCCCGCUUUGGGAGGAGAUAUCGAAAGCGAUGAGCAAUAUAGGGUACAACCGAAGCUCGAAGAGAUGCAAGGAGAAAUGGGAGAAUAUCAACAAAUAUUUCAAAAAGGUGAAGGAGAGCAACAAGAAGCGGCCCCAAGACUCCAAAACGUGCCCAUAUUUCCACCAGCUUGAUGCCAUAUACAAGGAGCGGGCCAAGAACCACGUCCCCUCCUUCAAUCUCGGGCCCAUAAUGGCCCGGCCCGAGCAGCAGUGGCCGCAACAACAGCAGCAGUCGAUGCACCAAGAUAACGAGAGCGAGAAUCACGAAGGCGGCGGCGAGGAAGAAGAUGACAAUGACGAUGACGACGACGACGAUGUAGGCGAUUACGAAAUGAUCGCCACGAAGCAGCCGUCUUCGGUGACGAACACGGUGGAGGGAGGUUAGAGAGAGAAAGCGAAGGGAGAGAUGUUAAAGAUGGUGGCAAGUGGGGGUGGGGGCGGAUUGCAGGAGGUGUCAGAGGGGGGCGGAGGAGAUAAGGAAGGGGGGGUCAGAAUACGGCUUGGCAUCUUCAGAUCAACGGCGGUGAAAACAAUAUUUCACGGUUAAAAAAACUUCUUAUUUUUAUUUUUCUAAAGUUUGUUUCUAUAAAUUAUUGAUUACUUUCAGAACAAAUAAACUGAUGAGGAACAGGGAGAAAUUAGAUUAAAUUAAUCAAAAACAACUAAUAAUAAGGGGAAUACUAUUUGGACUUUGUUCUUUUUCUUUUCUUCUUCUUUUAUUCAUUUUUAUUUUUCAUCAUGGAGUGUAAAUUUCAAAGACUAUUGGAUUUAAUGUUUCAUUUUCUUGGACGAGUAAA